UGUGAAACCUUGAUCCCAUUCUCCUUAAGGUUGUGCCAAUCGGCUCCACUUUUCCAAAAAAAUAAAGAAGAAUGGCGCUAACAUCACAAUUAUCUCUAGUGGUCUCAUUUAUAUUUGGCGUCUGCAUUUUUAAAACACCUCUUGAAGUGGAUGGUCAUAUCCUCGUCUAUCGACGCCUAACCAAUCAGGUUAUUUUAAUUGAAGAGUAUAAUGAUAUGCCAGCACAGUUUGGUCCCAGCUUACCGCCAAAUGGUAUUAAGGUAUUUGCCAUACCAGCUGUACCGCAUGAAGAGGCUUGUGAUAAGAUAAGUCCACCACCCAAAUCGUUUUAUCCCAACAAUGCAAAAUUUGCCGCCAUCAUACAAAGAGGCGGCGUUGAUUGUACAUUCGAACUAAAGGUACGCAAUGCACAGGCAGCUCGUUUCGAUGCUGUGGUCAUCUAUAACAAUGAAAGUGAUGAUUUAGAACACAUGUCAGCACAAAAUUCUAGCGGCAUUUUUAUACCUUCGGUUUUUGUGGGCCGUACCACCGGUACAAACUUAAAAACAUUCUAUACAACUGAAAUUGUUUUAGUCAUUAACGAUGAGCUGCCUUUUAAUAUAAAUACACAAUUAAUUUUACCAUUUUCCAUCUUAAUCGGUUUAUGUUUUUUGAUUAUGAUCUUUUAUAUGAUUUACAAAUGCAUAAGAGAAGAAAGACGUUUGAGACGUCAUCGUCUGCCUAAAAGAAUGUUGAAAAAGCUGCCGAUAAUAAAGUUUACGAAAAAUAGCGAUCUAGCCUAUGAUACCUGCGUUAUAUGUCUGGAUGAAUUUGCCGAGGGUGAUAAAUUACGUGUGCUGCCCUGUAAACAUCCUUAUCACAGUGAAUGUAUUGAUGUUUGGCUAACCGAAAAUAAACGUGAUUGUCCCAUUUGUAAGCGUAAGGUUUUUACGAAAGGCGAAACCCGAUCACAGCGGAAUCGACAGUCUUCAUUGGAUAGUAUAACAGAUACGGAUGAUGAUACAACACCACUGUUACAGCAAUCCACUAAUUCUUCUGUGAAUUCAAACGUUUCGCCAAUAAGUUCAAAUACUGGUUCAACUAGAAGUCAUGGUACAUUUCGUCGUGGUGGUAACAAUAUUGAAGCUGGUGCUAGUGGAGACAUUACAUCAGAUGAUGAGAAUAUGCUUUCACCUGCCCGUCGUGUAAAUCCCUUUGAUCGUUCACCAAAUUUACCGCCACAUUUGCAGGCUCAAUUAAAUAGUGAAUCGCGUAAUAGUUCCAUAUGGUCUUGGCCGGUUUUAAGAUGGUUUAGACAACCCACAACCCUUAGUGUGGCCGCACCACCAUAUUUAGAAGAUGUUAUAGCUGAACAACAUAUUGGUUCUAUGGCCACAACAACUGGUAGUAAUGUAAAUAAUACUAUUAACUCUACAUCAACGCUUAGAGCUUCACACUCUUCGAAUAAUGUUUUAAAUCCGAAUUUAAGUGGUUCUUUUAAAGAUGGCGGCGGUGGCUGCGGCGACGAUGAUGAUGAUGAUGAUGAUCCACCACUACAGUGUAUAUAUGAACCCAUAGCCACUGCAAAUCGUACAUCAGGGUCUAAUACAUCAUCUACAUCGUCGUCUGCUAAUCGUCGUGCACCUCGUCCUGAGGUGGCAAUGGAUGCAAAUCCUGAUUCAGUUUUUAUACAAACUCCUACACAAGGUGGCAUUGCAGUAGCUGCUCUGCCAUCUAAUAAUAACAAUAAUCAUAAUAAUAUUAAUACGGCGUCCAUGAAUAGCUAUUGAUAAUAUUAUAACGCUUUAAAAGGGAAAUUUCAUAAUUUUAGUUUUAUCAUUUAUGGGGGAGUGUAAAGAGAUUUAUACAUGAAAAAUUAAACAUACAUACAACAUUUACUAUGCUAUAUACAUAUAUAAUAGGAACAGUUUAUCCAACACAACAAGUAAGUGAACAAUUUAUAUUAGUUUGUCUUUUUUUUACAUAUUUUCUGCAAUGUAUUUUCCUACUCUAUAGAUUUUUGUUUUUUUUUAGAUUUUACUGAGUUUUUAGUGAGAUUUUGGUUUAAAAUCUUAAUUUCUAUAGGGAAUAGUUUAUCUUUGUAUAUGCCUUCCAAACUCUAGAAUCUAUUAAGUAUGCUCUAAAAACAGCAAAAUAGUUUUAUUUGUUAUUAAUUAUUGAUUAAAUUAUUUGUAAUGAAAUACAA